GGGGGUGGGGCAGAGGCGAGCUGGAAGCGCCGGGGAAUGGUUGGAGGUACAUGGUUUCUAAUUUGAUGCGGGGGCCCUCACUCCGAUCUCGACCUCGGCUCAGGCACUAGGAUAGUAUUCGGUCAUCAAAUUCUUGAUAUUGACCAAAAAAAAAAAAAAAAAAGAUUGAAAACAUGUCUAAGAUCGAAAAGAUGAGCAUUAUGGGUGUGAGAAGUUUUGGAAUAGAGGACAAGGAUAAGCAAGUUAUCACUUUCUUCAGUCCUUUAACCAUUUUGGUUGGACCCAAUGGUGCAGGGAAGACGACCAUCAUUGAAUGUCUGAAGUAUAUUUCUACUGGAGAUUUCCCUCCUGGUACCAAAGGAAAUACAUUUGUUUAUGAUCCAAAGGUUGCUCAAGAAACAGAUGUUAAAGCUCAGAUUCGUCUACAGUUUCGUGACGUUAAUGGGGAACUUGUAGCAGUACAGAGGUCAAUGGUAUGCACUCAGAAAAGUAAAAAGACAGAAUUUAAAACCCUGGAAGGAGUCAUUACUAGAACAAAGCAUGGUGAAAAGGUGAGCCUCAGCUCUAAGUGUGCAGAAAUUGACCGAGAAAUGAUCAGUUCCCUUGGUGUUUCCAAAGCUGUGCUCAAUAAUGUAAUUUUUUGCCACCAAGAAGAUUCCAAUUGGCCUUUAAGUGAAGGGAAGGCCCUGAAACAGAAAUUUGAUGAAAUCUUCUCAGCAACAAGGUACAUUAAAGCUUUGGAGACACUUCGUUUAGUGCGUCAAAAUCAAACUGGGCGGGUAAAGGAAUGUCAGACUGAACUAAAGUACCUGAAACAGAAUAAGGAAAAAGCUUGUGAGAUUCGUGAUCAGAUUGUCAGUAAGGAAGCUCAGUUAGCAUCUUCUAAGGAAUUUGUCAAGUCCUAUGAUAAUGAGCUUGGACCACUGAAGAUUCAUCUAAAAGAAAUUGAACAGAAUCUUUCUAAAAUAGUGAGGCUUGACAAUGACAUUAAAGCUCUGGAAAGUAGAAAGAAACAAAUGGAAAAGGACAACAGUGAAUUAGAGCAGAAAAUGGAAAAGGUAUUUCAGGGGACUGAUGAACAGCUAAAUGAUAUGUACCACAACCACCAGAGAACAGUACGAGAAAAGGAAAGGAGAUUGAUUGAUUGUCAGCGAGAGCUGGACAGAACAAAUAAAGAAUCUAAGCUGCUGAAUCAUGAAAAAUCAGAACUGCUUGUGGAACAGGGUCGUCUCCAACUACAGGCUGAUCGCCAUCAACAGAACAUCCGAGCUAGAGAUUCAUUAAUACAGUCUUUGGCAACACAUUUAGAACUAGAUGGGUUUGAGCGAGCACCAUUUAAUGAAAGGCAAAUUAAAAAUUUUCAGAAGCUUGUGAAGGACAUAGAAGAAAGAGAAACAGAAGCUAAUAGGCGAAUGAUGAAUGACUUUGCAGGAAAAGAAAGUAUGAAACAAAAACAGAUAGAUGAAAUAAGGGAUAAGAAAACUGGCCUGGAAAGAAUAGUUGAACUGAAAUUAGAAAUUCAAAGUAAGAAACAGACUGAACUGAAAAAUGUAAAAUAUGAACUACAAGAAUUAGAGGGAUCUUCGGACAGAAUUCUUGAACUGGACCAGGAACUUGGAAAAACCGAGCUUGCACUUGGCAAGGCAGAGGAAAACAGUAAUGUAGCAGCACUGAAAGAAGAACUACCAACACUACUGCGAGAAAAGGGAGAUCUGGACAGAAGCCUUCGUAAAUUAGAUCAGGAAAUGGAACAAUUAAACCAUCACACCAUGACAAGAACCCAAAUGGAAAUGCUGACCAGAGACAAAGCUGACAAAGAUGAACAAAUAAGAAAAAUAAAAUCUAGACACAAUGAUGAAUUAACGUCAUUGUUAGGCUAUUUUCCCAACAAAAAGCAACUUGAAGACUGGCUUCAUAGUAAAUCUAAAGAAAUUAAUCAGACACGGGACAGACUUGCCAAAUUUAAUAAAGAGCUGGCUUCAGCAGAACAAAAUAAAAAUCAUAUCAAUAAUGAACUCAAGCAGAAGGAAGAACAAUUGUCCAAAUAUGAAGACAAAUUAUUUGAUGUUUGUGGAAGUCAGGAUUUUGAAAGUGAUUUAGAUAAGCUAAUGGAUGAAAUUGAAAAAUCUUCUAAACAGCGAGCAAUGCUUGCUGGAGCCACAGCAGUUUAUUCCCAGUUUAUUACUCAGCUUACUGAUGAAAACCAAUCAUGUUGCCCUGUAUGUCAGAGAGUUUUUCAGACAGAAGCUGAACUACAAGAUGUGAUAAGUGAUUUGCAAUCCAAGCUACGCCUUGCUCCUGACAAACUCAAGUCAACAGAAUCUGAGCUGAAGAGAAGAGAAAAAAGACGUGAUGAAAUGAUGGGGCUUAAACCAAUAAGACAAAACAUAAUUGAUUUGAAGGAAAGAGAAAUACCAGAAUUGAGGAAUAAACUACAGAAUGUGAACAGGGACAUACAGCAUCUAAAAGGUGAAAUAGAAGAACAAGAGACACUCUUAGGUACUAUAAUACCUGAAGAGGAAAGUGCUAAAGCAUGCUUAACAGAUGUUACUAUCAUGGAAAGAUUACAGAUGGAACUUAGAGAUGUUGAACGAAAAAUAGCUCAACAAGCUGCCAAGUUACAAGGAGUAGAUUUGGAUCGAACUGUUCAACAAGUAAACCAAGAAAAGCAAGAAAAACAGCAUAGAUUGGACACUGUUUCCAGUAAAAUUGAGUUGAAUCGUAAGCUUAUACAGGACCAGCAAGAACAAAUCCAACAUCUAAAAAGUACAGUAAAUGAACUUAAAUCAGAAAAACUUCAGAUAUCUAGUAAUCUGCAACGCCGACAGCAGCUGGAGGAACAGACAGUAGAAUUGUCUACAGAAGUUCAGUCCUUACAUCGAGAAAUAAAAGAUUCAAAAGAGCAGUUGUAUCCUUUGGAAGCCACUCUGGGAAAAUUACAGCAAGAAAAAGAAGAAUUAAUUAAAAAAAAGAAUACAAGUAUCAGUGCAGUACAGGAAAAAUUAAAUGAUAUCAAAGAGAAGGUUAAAAACAUUUCUAGUUACAUGAAGGACAUUGAAAACUAUAUUCAAGAUGGAAAAGACAAUUACAAAAUGCAAAACGAAGCUGAACUGAAUAAAGUAAUAAGUCAGCUAAAUGAAUGUGAAAAACAAAAAGACAAGAUAAGUAAAGAAAUGGGAACAAUGAGACAAGACAUUGAUAUGCAAAAGGUGCAGGAAAGGUGGCUACAAGAUAACCUUACUCUGAGGAAGAGAAACGAGGAACUGAAAGAAGUUGAAGAAGAAAGAAAGCAGCACUUAAAGGAGAUGGGACAAAUGCAGGUGUUACAGCUGAAAAAUGAAUAUCAGGCAUUAGAAGAAAAAAUAGAAACACUGAAAAGAAAUCACAGUUUAGCAUUAGGACGUCAAAAAGGCUACGAGGAAGAAAUUAUUCAUUUUAAAAGAGAACUGCGAGAACCUCAGUUUUCUGAUGCUGAGGAAAAGUACAGAGAAAUGAUGAUUGUAAUGAGAACAACAGAACUUGUAAACAAGGACCUCGACAUUUAUUACAAGGCAUUGGAUCAUGCAAUAAUGAAGUUUCAUGGCAUGAAAAUGGAAGAAAUCAAUAAAAUUAUUCGUGAUCUCUGGAGAAGUACCUACCGAGGCCAAGAUAUUGAAUAUAUAGAAAUUCGAUCUGAUACAGAUGAAAACAUAUCAGCUUCUGAUAAAAGGAGGAAUUACAAUUAUAGAGUAGUGAUGAUAAAAGGAGACACAGCUUUGGACAUGCGAGGACGAUGCAGUGCUGGGCAAAAGGUGCUUGCUUCUCUUAUCAUUCGCUUGGCCCUCGCAGAAACUUUCUGUUUGAAUUGUGGCAUUCUUGCGUUGGAUGAGCCUACAACAAACCUUGAUAGAGAAAACAUUGAAUCUCUUGCACAUGCCCUGGUGGAAAUAAUAAAAAGUCGUUCCCAACAACGCAACUUCCAGCUUCUUGUGAUCACUCAUGAUGAAGACUUUGUAGAGCUUUUGGGUCGUUCUGAGUAUGUGGAGAAAUUCUACAGGAUUAGAAAGAACAUCGACCAGUGCUCAGAGAUAAUCAAAUGUAAUGUCAGCUCCCUAGGUUCUUCUGUUCAUUAAAGUCUUUCUAAGUAGCGCUCUCUUUGAGAGAGUCUCUGACGUGGAAGCAGGAAUGACAAGAACCUGCUAGUUGCCUUAAGCAGACUAGGCCUGACUUCUGAACAUUUCUAUGCAGUUUGAUUGUAAUAAAAAUGACAAAUUUAAUUUCAAA